AACCGUAGCCCCUUCGAUAGAUAACAAACAAGCAACUCAUCAAAAAAACAAAAAGCUUGGAACUCUAGAAUACAAAGGGAUAAGUAGGAGAAAAUGGGUUCCGAUUCUCAUUACCAGAUUCCGGCCAUUGAUUUCUCAAUCAAUUCUACGGAACUGGAUCGAGGAACUGAUAAGUGGUACAAUUUGUGCAAGAGGGUUAGAGAGGCUUGUGAAAAUUAUGGUUGCUUUGAAAUAGUGUAUGAUAAGAUACCCCUGCAGUUAAAAGCAGAUACCUUCUCUAUGAUAAGGCAACUUUUUAACCUUCCAGUGGAGACAAAAGAGAAGAAUGUUAAUCCAAAGCCUUUCCAUGGUUAUUAUGGACAGUAUCCCACUACUCCCUUCUAUGAGAGCUUUGGCAUUGAAGAUUCCUCCAACUAUGAGUCCUUUAAAAGCUUCACUGAGUUGAUGUGGCCAGAUGGUCAUGAGCAGUUUUGCAACACUGUAGUUACCAUGGUGAAGAAGAUGGAUGAGCUGAAGGAAAUGAUCGAAAUGAUGAUCCUUGAUAGUUAUGGGUUGGGAGAGAAACUGAAUUCGAUCAUUGCUUGUAAUAAGACGUUGCUACGUGUGAUGAAAUACGAUGCACCUCCAUCGGGACAGUACGCAAAUGGGCACUAUGGGCUCACUCCUCACACUGACAAACUAGUGAGCACAAUCCUUUGUGAUGAUCAAGUUUCAGGGCUUGAAUUUGAAACCAAGGAUGGCCAAUGGGUCAAGUUGUCUCUAUCUCCCACCUCCUACCUCUUUAUUGUUGGAGAUCCUCUUAUGGCAUGGAGUAAUGGAAGAAUGCAUCGCCUUAAGCACAGGGUGAUGAUUUCAGGAGGAAAAGAGCGAUAUUCUUUGGGAGCAUUUGGAAGUCCAUUAGAGGGUACCAUCAUCAAGGCAGCAAAGGAGCUAGUGGAUGAUGAACAUCCCCGAAUUCUGAAAGACUUUGACUAUAAGGACUUCAGUAAGUUCACCUUCACACAGGAAGGAAGCGCCAUAGACUCGGAAAUGCAAGUUUUCGCAUUUGCUGGAAUUAGCACUUGAGACUUGAGAGAAUGGACCAGCAGCUCUUCACCCAAUAAUGUAUAAAUGUCUUAUUAAAAAUAAAUAAAGUUUAGAGCAAAUUUGAUUAUUUGAA